UGUUUAUUUACUUUUCAAUCUGCACAAAAAGUCAUACCUUCAACAUCAAAAGGAUUAUUUUAGACCGGAAAAAAAAUAUAUAAUUCUUAAAUAAAAAUGGGCGUGGAGAGCCAUAAUGAAGUUAAUAGUGGUGGUGGUAGCCACAUUGCAAGAGACAGAAACAGCAGCGCCUACAAUAACAUUGAUGCCGCACCCAUGCCAAAACAUAUUCCUUUUCCUGAAUUCACAGGAAGCUCCGAACUCAUUAAUGAAUUUGUUAUGUUUCUCUUCAUUACAUUCGCUACAGCGAUGCAAUUUAUAAACAUUUAUCGUACCAUUUGGUGGGUGCCGGAGUCAAACACGUAUCAUGCAGUUAAUGUUUAUCUCAUUGAGCCGUACCUGGUAGCAUUCAUUGUGCUACUGAUGUCACGUCGCUUUUUAUUCUGCCUGAUCAUUCGCACACAAGAUCUAACGCAAAAUAUUACUAUUGAAAAACGUCGUUUUUACAAAAAAGCCGUUAGAUAUAGUUUCACCUGUUUGCUACUAUUGAUACUUGGCAUUUGUGCAUAUAAAAUUUACCUUAAACACACAUUCAUGCCUGUGUUUUUACUGGUCUACCCUCUUGUCAUCUAUGUGCUUAUCUUUGGUUUUCAAAUCGAAUCAUUUCUGCGUAGCUCCUACGAAGUAGAGGGUGCUUACUUUAAUGGUAUGCCAAUGCAUUGUUGCUCCAGUUGCCCCGACAUAAUACGCGAGGAAAUUGAUGUACUACGAAAUGAUUUUAAUAUACGCUUCAAACAAAUACUUUUCACUUCUCUCCUAAAUGUUUAUUAUGCCGGCAUUGUGCCUUGCUUGUUUGCUGCCUCCAUGUACUACAACACUGUGUGGGUAUAUCAAAACGCAUUCUACGUUUGGAUAAGUUGCCUAACUAUGGCAUUUGCGUUUGGUUUUCCUGCCAAGUAUAGUGAUAUCAUGCAUCGAGCUUCUUUACAUUUGGGUUAUUGGUCUCAGAUGGAUAUGCGCGCAAUUGGUGGCAAUAGUGGUAGUUCGAGCGCAAGCAGUAAUAAUAGUAAUUCAACUAGUGGCUCAACAACUGUGUGGAAAGCCAAUACGGUGUGGACACAGAACAGUGUAGUCAAAUUUGAUGGCGAGUUAUUCAGCUCUUGUGGCCCAGUGACCGUAGCAGUGCCCAGAAACUCUAGUCAUUCGAGAUUUUAUAAACUCUUCCACAAUCCUACCACAAUGUACAUGGCGCUCACAGGAAUACAGGCCAGCAUAGUGUUGACAGGCUUAGUAGCGUUAUAUUACACUCUGGAAUGGCAUUUCAUAUUAUCCUUUAGCUUUACAACGCUUACAAAUCAAUUUACAUUUUUCAAAAUAAUGCGAGAUUAUUUGGUGACAAAACGCAUUUAUACGUCGGAAAUCUCUAUAGCAGAGCAAACAAAAGCGUUUAAUAGUAAUUAAGCUAACCAGAAGAGAUUUAGAGAGACUGCAUUUAUGGGCAACCCAAAGAUGUAAUAAAUAAUGACACUCCGACUGAAAAUGAAGUAGUUUAGUUUUGAAUUUAUUUUUUUUUUUAAUUUAAUUUAUUACUAACUACAGAAGCGAGUCUAAAGUGUAAUUUACGUUAUGAGAAAAAAUUAAAAACAUACUUAGUCAC